AUGGAACUGCCGAAAUUUGCGUUUACUGGGGACGCUAAGCAGAUGUAUAGACAAGUUGUGAUGCAUGCUGAUCAUACAAGGUUCUUGAGAUGUGUUUUCCGAGAUGACAGGUCACAACCAAUUUUGGAUUUGGAGUUGCUUAGAGUAACAUACGGUGUGGGUCCUGCUGGAUUCUUGGCUACACGUUCGUUAGUGCAACUGGCUAAGGAUGAACAAGAAGAUUUUCCGGAUGCUUGUGAAGUAGUAUUGAAGUCGUUCUAUGUGGAUGAUGCACUUACCGGUGCUAAUACGCUGGCGGAAGCACGGAAGCUGCGUGAAGAUCUAGAAGCUUUACUGGGACGAGGAGGCUUCAAACUACAUAAAUGGUGUGCAAAUGAUCCGGCAAUUCUUGAAGGAGUUCCGUUAGAAGAUCGGGAGAAGCAGCUUAGCUUUGAAGAAAGUGAUAUAAAUGGUGUGAUAAAAACACUUGGACUUUUGUGGGACCCCGUUAGUGAUAACUUUGUGUUUCGAGUAAAAUCGAUGGUGGAUUAUUCGGUACCACAAACCAAGAGACAAGUGCUUUCCGAGAUCGCGAGACUUUUUGACCCUCUCGGCGUGUUGGGUCCAGUAAUAGUGCUGGCAAAAAUAGUAAUGCAACAGCUGUGGAGGAAGAAAAUUGAUUGGGAUGAGCCGAUCCCCAUUGAAGAGCUUCAAAUGUGGAACAAAUUGAGGUCCGAGUUGUGCGCAAUAAAUAAUAUGAAGAUACCCCGCCGCGUUACCGUUGACAAUCCGUCGGUAUUCGAGUUACACGGUUUUUCGGAUGCGUCGCGAUCAGCAUACGGUUGCUGUGUGUAUUUGCGUAGCAUUACAGUUGACGGUACCGUUGAAGUAAAAUUAUUGUGCGGCAAAUCGAGAGUUGCGCCACUUAAAGAACUGAGCCGUAAAGAGAAAAAAGAAGCACCACCGGAGGAAUUAACCAUACCAAGGUUGGAGCUGUGUGCAGCUGUACUACUGGCUAGACAAGUGAAAACAGUGCGCGAUAACUUGGGAAUCGAUAUCUCACGCGUCGUGCUAAGGUCCGACUCGAGUAUAGUGAUUUGUUGGAUUAGGAAAUCGAAGCCUAACCAACCCGUGUUCGUCCGCAAUCGGGUAGCGGAGAUUCGCGAACUAACCUCCGAUGCUGAUUGGUUGCACGUUGGAACAAAGGAAAAUCCAGCGGACUUAGUGUCUAGAGGUGUACUGCCGAUAGAACUAACGAAAAGUGACUUGUGGUGGAACGGACCGGAGUUUCUCCGAUCAAAUGUAGUUGAAGAAAAGGUGCAAGAAGAAAAUGAAGAUUUGUUUGAAGAGACGAUUACAAUGACUGUAUCAGUAAUGCCCAAUGAAGGGUUGUACGAAGUGAUUCAGAACAGUAGCAACUUUCGCCGACUACAAAGAGUUUUUGGUUACAUUACUCGUUUUAUUCGUAAUUGUCGUGCACGGCAAACCAAAUCAGAACGUCAUCGUGGGAGAUUGAACAUUGCGGACUUUCGUGACUCACUGUACGCUAUGGUGAGGAUCGUACAAAGUGCAGUGUAUCGCGACGAAAUCAAAUGUAUCUUGAAGGGUGCACCUGUGAAGAGUAAGUUACGAAAUUUGAAUCCUGUUUACGACGCGACGGAGCGAUUACUACGAGUGGGUGGUCGAAUCAGGAAUGCUACACUACCGCUCAAUCAGAAGCAUCCGUUGAUAUUGCCGGAGAAGAAUAACUUUACUGAUGCUGUUAUCGAAGCAAUUCACCGUGAAGAACUACACAUCGGUCAAAAUGGUUUAUUGGCCAAAAUCAGGCAACAAUUUUGGCCAGUAAAUGCGAAGCGUACGAUCAAACGUGUUCUAGGGAAGUGUAUCAAAUGCUUCAGACUAAAGCCGAAGGAUGUUCAGCAGUUCAUGGGUGAUUUGCCAGCUGCACGUAUCACUGCUGCUCAGCCUUUUGCUAGAACGGGCGUAGACUACGCCGGCCCUUUUUUUUCUGAAGCAAGGGCGGUCAAAGGCACCAAUCAAAUCGUACGUCACUGUAUUCGUCUGUAUGACUACUAA